CUCUCUCUCGCUUCUGCUGUAAUUUCUGCUUCUUUUUCUUUUGCGUUAUUUGCAAGAUGGGCGGGGUUGGAAAACCCUCCAAGAUCGGCGAAUUUUGCCGUCGUUGGUCAGCCAACCCUGCAAGCGAUCGUUUGGUUUAUUUUCUUCGGUGCUUCAGUCGUCUGUAAGAUCGCUUCUUGUCCUUUUGUGAUGAUUUGCAAGAUGGGCGGGUGGGGAAAACCCUCCAAGAAACGGUUAUUUGGCCGUCACUGGUCAGCCAACCCUCUCGAGAACCCUGGAAGCGAUCCUUCGGUGCGCUUCAGUUCCUUUUAUUUAUGUGGUCAUGUUGGACGUGCGGCAUAUGCCACGAAAAGGACUAUCGAUUUUGGGCAGCCAACUUCGCUCUCUCAUCCCGAGAUAAAUUUGCAGCCCAAGUUAUGUGGGGAGAUUGGUUCGUCAUGCGCUCUAGACCUAAAUCUGUGCUACAUCACUCCUUGUCUGUCUGCAUUUGUUUGUUAGAUCCAAAACAACUGGUAGCAUCUUCCUACCAAGCAUUUAAAGGCCAUGCAAGUCAUGGAUCAUCAGUUAUUGUUAGUCAAGACACUGUUUGGUGCUUGCUGGAGGGACUAGGUAUGUUGCUGCUUCUGUUAUUUGGUGGAAUGAUACUAUACCAUCCAUAAAUUAUGUCAAAAGGUCUAAUUCUUUGAUAGGAUCACUGAACAUUUGACACAUUAUAAUUUUGAAGUGUGAUAGUAUCCUAUGUUGGAUACAGUAAAUACAACCAUGUCAUCCAUUUAUACUUUUACCUUUUGUUGUUCAUUAUUAUCCUUUCUUUAAAUUAUUAGA